UGAUGGAAGUGAAAGAGGAGAGUCAAGCGGAAGUGGAUGAGAAACAUCAGAUUGUAAAAAUAAACCAUAAUGUUUCACUGAAAGAAACUCUGAAGACAGAAGACAUAAAGUGUGAAAAUAGUUUCAGUGAAGAUGAACGCCCUGAAGAUCACAAGAGGACUCACAGUGAGGAGAAACCUUUUGAAUGUCAACAGUGUGGAAAGAGUUUCACUUUUCAAUCGAACCUUAGCCGGCACAAGAAAGUUCAUAGUGGGGAAAAGCCACACGCGUGCCAGCAUUGUGAAAAGAGUUUUUCAUAUAAAAAUCAACUUAAGAUGCACAUGAGGUCUCACACAGGAGAGAAACCUUACACUUGUCAACAGUGUGGAAAGAGUUUCACCCUUAAAUCGAGCCUUAGCCGGCACAUGACAGCUCACAGUGGGGAAAAGCCACACGCCUGCCAGCAUUGUGAAAAGAGUUUCCCAGAUAGAAGUCAACUUAAGAUGCACAUGAGGUCUCAUACUGGAGAGAAACCUCACGCAUGUCUUCAAUGUGAAAAGAGUUUCAGAGAUAAACGUGGACUUGAGGCUCACAUGAGAAGUCACACUGGAGAGAAACCUUACAUAUGCUCUCAGUGUGGAAAGAGUUUUUCAAUCAAACAGACUCUUAAGACACACAUGAAAGUUCACACUGAAGGAAAACCGUUCACUUGUCAUCACUGUGGAAAGGGUUUCAGAAGAAAAGCUCAACUUAACAUACAUUUGAGGAUUCACACUGGAGAGAAACCAUACGUGUGUCAACAGUGUGGAAGGAGUUUCACAGUUGAAUGUACCCUUAAGAUACACAUGAAAACUCACAGUGGGGAAAUGCCACACGCGUGCCAUCAUUGUGAAAAAAGUUUCCCAUAUAAAAAUCAACUUGAGAGACACAUGAGGUCUCACACUGGAGAGAAACCACAUGUGUGCCGUCAGUGUGGAAAGAGUUUUACAACUGUAAGUGUCCUUAAAAGACAUUUGAGAAUUCACACUGGAGAGAAACCUUACACGUGUCAGCAGUGUGGAAAGAGUUUCACCUUUCAAACGAACCUUAACUGCCACAUGAAAACCCACGUUGAGGAAAAGCCACACGCGUGCCAUCACUGUGACAAGAGUUUCCCAGAUACAAGUAAACUUAAGAUACACAUGAGGUCUCACACUGGAGAGAAAUCGUUCACUUGUCAUCACUGUGGAAAGGGUUUUUUAGAAAAACGUUACCUUAAAGCACACGUGAUGAUUCACACUGAAGAGAAAGCACACGGGUGCCAUCACUGUAAAAAGAGUUUUAUAACUGCAUAUAAACUUAAGAUACACAUGAGGACUCACACUGGAGAUAAACCAUUCAUUUGUCAACACUGUGGUAAGAGUUAUACAAUGAAAUGUAACCUUAAUGCACAUGUGAGAGAGUUUCAUAAGAAAUCAAUGAUGGAAGUGAAAGAGGAGAGUCAAGCUGAAGUGGAUGAGAAACAUCAGAUUGUAAAAAUAAACCAUAAUGUUUCACAGAAAGAAACUCUGAAGACAGAAGACAUAAAGUGUGAAAAUAGUUUCAGUGAAGAUGAACGCCCUGCAGAUCACAAGAGGACCCUUUCACAGGAGAAACCUUUCACAUGUCAACAGUGUGGAAAAAGUUUCGGAAGAAAAGCUCACCUUAAAGAACACAUGAGGACUCACAGUGAGGAGAAACCUUUCACAUGUCAACAGUGUGGAAAGAGUUUCACCUCUCAAUCGAACCUUAACUGGCACAUGAAAACUCACAGGGGGGAAAAGCCACAUGCCUGCCAGCAUUGUGAAAAGAGUUUCAGAGAUAAAACGAGACUUGAGACUCACAUGAGAAGUCACACUGGAGAGAAACCUUACAUAUGCUCUCAGUGUGGAAAGAGUUUUUCAAGCAAAGCCACUCUUAAGAAACACAUGACAGUUCACACUGAAGGAAAACCGUUCACUUGUCAUCACUGUGGAAAGAGUUUCAGAAGAAAAGAUCACCUUACCUUACAUCUGAGGAUUCACACUGGAGAGAAACCAUACGUGUGUCAACAGUGUGGAAAGAGUUUCACAUUUCAAACAAGCUUUUACCAUCACAUGAAAACUCACAGGGGAGAAAAGCCACAUGCGUGCCAUCAUUGUGACAAAAGUUUCCCAUAUGAAAGUCAACUUAAGAGACACAUGAGGUCUCACACUGGAGAGAAACCACAUGUGUGCCAUCAGUGUGGAAAGAGUUUUACAACUGCAACUGUCCUUAAAACACAUUUGAGAAUUCACACUGGAGAGAAACCUUACACGUGCCAUCACUGUGACAAGAGUUUCCCAAAUACAAGUGAACUUAGGAUACACAUGAGGUCUCACACUGGAGAGAAACCACAUGUGUGCCAUCAGUGUGCCAAGAGUUUUACAACUUCAAGUAUUCUUAACAGACAUUUGAGGAUUCAUACCGGAGAGAACCCAUUCAAGUUUCAUAAGAAAUCAUUACCUUAAUGAACACCUAAGAAUUCACAAUGUCUGUACUUGUGUUCUUGUGAAACAUAGCAGUCACAGUCCAAGUACUGUUCCAAUCCCAGGUUCACAUCAAGUAAAGUUCACAUAACAUCUGCGGACUUAUGACAGCCAAGUUUCCCAGAAUACAUUUUGCAUCAGCGGCAAUGAAGCUUAAAACCCGCACAAUAUUUGAAAUAUUACUCUUUCUGUGUCAUAAAAUGUAGCCGUUUAGUCGAGAAUAUAGCUGAAUAAACUUCAAAUCUGUGGUCAGUUAGUAAAGGUCAAACCUAAUAUUAAAAUUUCCUCUGACAAUU